GAAGAUGAACCCACUCCGGCAGAAGAUAUUGUUGUCACCAAGUAUAAAAUGGCCGGUGACAUGGUCAAUGGUAUAUUGAAGGAGGUUAUAGGAAAGUGUGUAGAUGGAGCAUCUGUCCUUAGUAUAUGUGUGUUUGGAGACACCAGAUUAAAUGAAGAGACGGGAAAAGUGUUCAAAAAAGAUAAAGAAAUGAAAAAAGGUAUUGCCUUCCCAACAUGUGUCUCAGUAAAUAAUUGCAUUUGCCAUUUCUCUCCCCUCAAAAGUGAUCCAGAUGUGACAAUAAAGAAUGGUGAUGUAGUUAAAAUAGAUUUGGGAGCACAAAUAGAUGGUUUUAUUGCAGUUGUUGCUCAUACACUAGUAGUGGGAGCAUCAGAGAGUAACAAGGUAACUGGUCGUAAAGCAGAUGUAAUGAUGGCAGCAGUUAAUGCAGCAGAAAUAGCUUUACGUAUGGUCAAACCUGGUGCUGAGAAUUACACAGUUACAGACGGUAUACAGAGAGUAGCAGAGGCAUUUAAAUGUAAACCUAUUGAAGGAAUGUUGUCACAUCAAUUAAAGAAAAAUUUUAUAGAUGGUGAGAAGGCAAUAAUUCAGAAUCCCUCUGAAAAUCAGAGGAAAGAUCAUGAAAAAUGUGAGUUUGAUGUAUAUGAAGUAUAUGGUAUAGAUGUUUUAGUCAGUUCUGGUGAAGGCAAGGGAAGAGAGAUGGAUACCAGGACAACAGUGUUUAAAAAGAAAGAUAUAGUCUAUCAACUUAAAAUGAAAGCUUCUAGACAAUUCCUCAGCGAGACGGAAAAGAAAUUUGGUCUGAUGCCAUUUACUCUCAGGUUAUUUGAUGAAGAGGUGAAGGCCAGGAUGGGGGUUGUAGAAUGUGUCAAGCAUGAUUUGGUACAACCAUUUAAUGUUCUCUAUGAAAAACCAGGAGAGGUGGUUGCUCAGUUCAAGUUUACUGUGAUUCUCAUGCCUAAUGGACCACUGAAAAUAACUGGCCUUCCAUUUGACACAGAUAUAUAUGAGACGGAAUACAGUGUACAAGACGAAGAUCUUAAGGCAUUGCUAGCCCAGUCAGCGUCACGUAAAGCUGCGAAGAAAAAGAAGAAGCGAGCUGGUAAAGCUGUAGCGGAGCAAGCUGAAGGUGGUGUAGAGAUGGAAGCAUGAAAAACCUGUUAAAUUAUCAUACAUUUACUCAUUUACUUCAACAAGUGCUAAAUUUGAUUAGAAAUGUUGAAAAGUGCUACAGUUGUAAACAUGUUGUGAUAAACUUGGAAUUGUUGACAAGAAUUGGUGGUUAAUGCAUUUAGGGGCUUGAUCUGACCUUUACUUUACAUGUACAUCAAAUUUUAUUACUAAAUGUUUGAAUUCCUGAAAUUUAUUACAAAUAUUGUUUUUUAUAUUUUUGAAGCGGCAGAAAUCAAAAUGACUGUCUGAGAUUUAAAAUGAAAUCUUUUUUUUUUUAGCUCGACUUUUCUAUGAAAAGGGGAGCUAUCCUACUCGCCCCGGCGUCGGCGUCAGCGUUGGCGUUGGCGUCACACCUUGGUUAAGUUUUUCGUACCACCCCACUUUAUUUCAGAAGUAUUACAAGUAUGGCUUUGAAACUUACCAUACUUGUUCACCAUCAUAACCUCCAUCUACAGACAAGAGUACAUAACUCUGUCAAGGUUUUUGACAGAAUUAUGGCCCUUUUUUGACUUAAAAAGUGUAUUGAGCUUGGUCAAGUUUUUUGUACCACCUCACUUUAUUUCAAAACCAUUGGAGGUAUUGCUUUGAAACUGACCAUACUUGUUUACCAUCACGACCUUCAUCAACAGACAAGAGGACAUAACUCUGUCAAGGUUUUUGACAGAAUUAUGCCCCUUUUUGACUUAGAAAAUACAUUGAAUAUGGGUAAAAUCCACUUAUUGCCUUAACCCUUUGAGAUAUUGCUUUGAAACUUUUAAUGCUAUUUCACAUCAUUACCCCCAUCUGUACGCAAGAGAAGGUAACUCUGUCAGGGAUUUGUUUUAAAAAUUAAGGCCUUUUAUCGACUUAGAAUCUUGGUUAAGUUUUUGUACCAGUCAACUUUUUGACUGAACUGGUUGAGAUAUUAAAUUGAAAGUUGGAAUACUUGUUUACCAUCAUGGUCCCAAACAUGGGCAGGAGAAGGUAAUUCUGUUAAGGAUUUUAUUUGAAUUAUGGCCCUUUUUGACUUAGAAACUCAGUUAAAAUUUUCAUUCUUGUCCACUUGUUGACCUAACCAUUUGAGAUAUUACUUUGGAAGUUGGAGUUCUUAUGUGCCAUCAUGAGACCUAUCUGUAAGCAAGAGAAGAUAACUCUGUGAAAAUGUUUCUUGAUUUGUACUUAGAAAUUCCUAGUUAAAGUCUUGUGUGCCCUUAACUGUCAAAGUUUUGUUUUAUAGGCAAGCACUAAAAAAGUCGAGCGCGCUGUCCUUCUGACAGCUCUUGUUUAAUUUACUUUGAUGGGUAAAAUGUCCAAAAUCAUUCUUCCUUCAGUUCCAUUAUUUUAUAUUGAAGUAUUUGGUUACACUAUCAGAUAGAAAUUAGUUAAAAUAUACCUUGAUAUACUGAGAUUUUCCUGUGACUCCGGCUUAUUGUUAGUGAUAACAUUAAAGUUUUAAGAUGCAAUUUUGAUUUGUGUUGGAGAAAGAGCUAUCUUGUAAUAUUUUUUUGUUUUUUUAGCAGUGUAAUGUAAAGUAAUAUUAAUUCAGAUAUUUGGUGAAAUGCAUAGAAAUGGGAAUUAGGGGAAAGGGUAUAAAAUUCUGUAUGAUUGAUAAAUAUCUAAAACUCCUGCUGUUGAUUAUUUAUUUGUUAAAUUGGCAAAUCUUCUGUAAAGAAAAUGAAUUUGAAAAUUUUACUAUUCACAAUAUUUAAAGAGAUAUUUGAAUAUAUAGUGCUGAAUUAUAUUCAAAAUUUGUCACUGUUUAUUUCUGAACAGCAUGGAUUAAAAAAAAAUAGAAAAAUC